CAUAUACAUGUGUUCAAGUACAUGUACAUGUGUAAACGCACAGGUAGGUUUGACUCCACUGGUUGGUGCAGUCUAUCGUGCUAGAAUGCCGAGGAAAAAGACAAACAAGUCUAGCAAAUUACCUUCAAACUCCCGUGGAAGUACGGAUGAAAGAAGAGGAACGUACUGCAAUGAUAAAAAUGACAAACACGACCAGUUUGAAAGACAAAAUUUCAGAAAAGGGGGCACCUACUCUACCGUGCCAGAACAACCCGGAAAUAAGCAAGCUGAUUGGAGGGUCGGCGUUAUCAUGGCAAUCUGUCUGCCAAUUUCCAUCCUCAUUUUCUGGAAGGUCACCUUGCCGGUGAUGUGGUGGAUUUUAACAGUGAUGGUUGGAUCAGAUUUUGCUCAAAAGUUGAGUUUUUUUAAACAAGAUGUAAUCCACAUAUUGACUUCAGAGUGUCCAGUUUGGCUAUCAGCCAAAGAGCGAGCAUUUCUGGAUGACCGGUCAAAUGAUGGCAUUCUGAGAGUAAGCAACAUCUCAAGGGAAGGGUUUGAAGACAUCGUCAGACGGGGAGAACCAGUGAUUGUCACGGAUGCUUUGAGGGAUUGGGAAUCUUUUGGAUUGUACGACUGCGGAUACUUCAUGAGGAAAUUUCCAGAAGCAGAGUACUUUGAUUGGCAGGGUCAAGAAACUAUCAAUCUCGGUAAUAUCACCAAUAGACCGGCCUUCUCGGGGUUGCAGUGUGCUAGUGGCUACAUGGAGACCAGCUGGGAUUCAAACAGAAAAUAUGCCAAGGAGUGGUUGAGAAAAAUGCCACCACCGUAUUUCUUGAGGGAAGAUGCUUAUGUCCGCCAUCCCUUUGCGGAAGACAGGGAACCCUCCAUUACUGGUUUUCUUGGGGUGCCAGGGACUGGAGUGGCUCCACAUCUUGACGAGACAUGCGACACAAUAAUGACAGCCCAGCUUGCAGGAGUAAAAAACUGGAGUGUCUCCUGGCCGGUAAAAGAUGGUGAGAGAAUUCGAUGGGGAAAACCAAUAGUGUUCACCCUGUAUCCAGGUGAAGCAAUGUUCUGGUAUGUUGCGAUGCGUCAUCACACCGAAGUCAUCGAGGACUGCUCGCUCAGCUUCAGCUUUCUGCUCAAGUCACCCGCCCCCACUGAAUACUUUCAGAGACUAGUGGAGGAUCUGUCCUCAGUCCCCAAAAUGGAACAGGAUGCACUGUUCAAAGAGACGGAAACGGCCAAACUGGAUUACGUCGACACCUGUGGAAUUCUCACCGAUGAUGGGAGGACAUUUAUUGCAUGAGGCCAAAUGGGGUAAUUGACAGGGGAGGGGCAUGGUGGAACCCACAGCUGCAGGCCUGUGCCUACCCCCCUUGUCCCACCCUCCUCCCCAUUUUUCUAAAAUGUUUUGGGCCAAUUUUGCCUUUAGAUGCCAUGGGAGGCUGGAAUGAAACUCUUGCUUAGGGAAGUCAUCACAAUCACUUAGAGAUGAGAUACUUAUAUAUUUGGUCAUGAUGCAUUUAUUUAAACAGCAGCUGUCUGAACAUCAUGGGUUAUAUUGUUAUGAGCGACUUGUUUUAAACAACCCAAUUUUAAACACUGUU